CACUCUGGAAUGCCACUGACUUUCUGUCUCAAAAGCACUUAGCAGAAGAGAGGGUGUGAUGGGAAAAAAAACCCUCCUAGCAUAGGCUGAACCUGGUGACAAUCCAAGCACAACUAACCAGCCCAUAGAGUGUUCUCAGCUCACAUAUCCACACAGAACUGUUAAAUACUAACAAGGAAACUCAGGCAUCACUUUGUUUUUCACUCGUAUGGUGUAGCAGUCAACGAGGCACCACACUCCAUACGGACCCAAGUCUCUGAUUGCUGUAGGCAGAAGGGCACUGUAGAUAAACCCUGUCAUGUUUAAUUAUCUGAACAUAAGAUUGGAUGGUUAAUGUGAAGGCAUAUCUUCAUUAAACGACCUUUAGAACUAUAACUAUCUCCCACUGUUAAAAGGUUCUUCUCUCUCCUGCUUAGAAGAUAAUCCACCACCAUGAAGUUAUGCGUCUGCCCCUCACUUCUUCUACUGCUCCUCUUAGUUCUUUGCCCGGCAUUGUCUGCAUGUCCGUCUCGCUGCGAUGUUUCAAGAUGUCCAAGCCCAAUUUGCCCUAGCGGGUAUGUUCCAGAUCGCUGCAACUGCUGUUUGAUCUGCGCUGCAGGAGAAGGUGACUUGUGUGGACGUGACAUAGACCCACCAUGUGGGGACAGUUUGCAGUGUAAACCACCACCCGGAAAGAGAGGCAUCAAGGGAACAUGCCAGUGUAAGCACAACUACAAAGUGUGUGCCAAUGAUGGGCAGACAUAUGACAACUUGUGCCAAAUGAAGGUGGCAAGUCGCCGGGCACUGCAACAAGGACAUUCCCCCGUAGUACAGGUGCAGAAAGGAGCCUGUGAAUCGGGUCAUCAACAUCCCAACAGUCCAAGAUACAAAUUUAACUUCAUUGCUGAUGUGGUUGAGAAGAUCGCGCCUGCAGUUGUCCACAUUGAACUUUUCUUAAGGCAUCCUUUAUUUGGCCGUAAUAUUCCUUUAUCAAGCGGAUCGGGAUUUAUUAUAUCCGAUAUGGGUUUAAUUGUGACCAAUGCCCAUGUGGUAAUGACAAGUAGCAACGCUGUUUCUGGUCGCCAAUUUCUCAAAGUGCAGCUCCACAAUGGAGAUCCAUACGAGGCUACCAUUAAAGACAUUGAUAAAAAGUCUGACAUUGCGACAAUCAAGAUAUUUCCCAGAAAAAAGUUGCCAGUCCUCCUCUUAGGGCACUCGGCUGAUCUGAGACCCGGAGAGUUUGUUGUAGCCAUUGGCAGCCCGUUUGCGUUACAGAACACUGUCACAACUGGCAUCGUCAGUACUGCCCAGAGAGAUGGGAAGGAGCUUGGCUUGAGAGACUCUGACAUGGGUUAUGUUCAAACAGAUGCCAUCAUUAACUAUGGAAACUCUGGAGGUCCUUUGGUUAAUUUGGAUGGGGAAGUAAUUGGAAUAAAUACACUUAAAGUUGCAGCUGGUAUUUCUUUUGCAAUUCCUUCUGAUCGCAUCACACAAUUCAUGACAGACUCACAUGACAAGAAGAUUAAAGAUGGAAAGAAGCGUUUCCUUGGGAUAAAGAUGCUGACAAUUACUCCAACACUUGUAGAAGAGCUCAAGUUAAACAAUCCUGAUUUUCCAGAUGUUAACAGCGGAAUAUAUGUACAUGAAGUACUUCCCAACUCACCAUCCCUAAGAGGUGGACUUAAACACGGGGAUAUCAUUGUCAAAGUGAAUGGACGCCCGCUGCUGACUUCAAAUGAUUUGCAUGAGGCUGUUCUCAAUGAAUCUCCUUUAUUACUUGAAGUGCGACGAGGAAAUGAUGAUAUGCUUUUUAAUAUAGAACCUGAUGUUUCAAUGUAGUUUGAGAAAUCUGCAUUCCCAAGUUGGAUAAAUUGUCCUAAACUACAAAAAUCUGAUUGAUGGAAUUAAAAUUUACAAAACUGGUGGACUUAGCAAACUCAGAACAAUGCAGGAAACUAGAAUGUGUUAUCUUUCUAAUUCACACUUCCUUUAUUUAGGGUUUGUUUCUUGCAUUAUAUGUAUAUUUUAAACAAUUGGAACUAACUAAGUUUAACUUAGACAUGGAUACAUUGUAUUCAUCAGUAUGAAAUCAUUUUCAAACGAUUUUUUGUUGAGCUUUUUUUUGUAUUUUUUUUUAUUCUCUGGGCUGAAUUAAGCCAUCAAGACUGUUUAUGGCCCCAAUUCUUGUUUAAAAUGUGAUUUUAAAAAAACCAAAACAUUUUAUUACAUCAUUCAUUUAAUAGGAUCUAUAAUUCAACCAAGAUCCUGGAAGAUACGUCUCUAUGAAUUACUCUUUUCUAGGGGAUUACAUUGAUUGCUUGAAUCAUGUCAGCAUUUUAUAUUAUAUGAAGAACUUAGAGGCCAGUCUAAAUGCUGAGAAUUUUUUUAACAUCAUAAAUGUAAAAAAGACAACUAAGGAACACUGUUAUGAAAUCUGCUGCAAGUGUGUUUUCUUAGGCCAGUAGAAUAUGUAUAUAAAUGUUUUAACUUGUAUGUGAAAUAAAAUAUAAGCACUUAUACAAAAAUAAA